GUCUUGAUGAGUUCGUUACUGAGCCCAACUAUUCCCAGGACAACUGCAUCCAAUUAAGGGAGGAGGGGGGAAAAAAGACCUCUUUAGAUCCCUAAGUCUCCUCUGGGAAUGCUACUUCCAGAGUGCACAUCAGGCCAUAACAGUUUGGUGACCUCAUCCAGUAGAAGGCUAUUUUAUUUUUACAACUGCUCAAGUAUUGACAUAGAAGAUGAAGCAAGAUGCCACAAGAAAUGCUGCCUACACUGUGGAUUGUGAAGAUUAUGUGCAUGUGGUAGAAUUUAAUCCCUUUGACAGUGGGGAUCCAGGAAACUUAAUUGCAUAUGGUGGCGGUAAUUAUGUGGUGGUUGGCAUGUGUACAUUUCAGGAGGAAGAAGCAGACAUUGAAGGAAUUCAGUAUAAAACACUACGAACAUUUCAGCAUGGAGUCAGGGUCGAUGGCAUAGCGUGGAGCCCAGAAACUAGACUUGAUUCAUUGCCUCCAGUAAUCAAAUUUUGUACUUCAGCUGCUGAUAUGAAAAUAAGAUUAUUUACUUCAGAUCUUCAAGAUAAAAAUGAAUAUAAGGUUUUAGAGGGCCAUUCAGAUUUCAUUAAUGGUUUGGUGUUUGAUCCCAAAGAAGGCCAAGAAAUUGCAAGUGUGAGUGAUGAUCAUACCUGCAGGAUUUGGAACUUGGAAGGAAUGCAGACAGCUCAUUUUGUUCUUCAUUCCCCUGGAAUGAGUGUGUGCUGGCAUCCUGAGGAAACUUUUAAGCUGAUGGUUGCAGAGAAGAAUGGAACAAUCCGGUUUUAUGAUCUUUUGACUCAACAGGCUAUUUUAUCUCUUGAAUCAGAACAGAUGCCAUUAAUGUCAGCCCAUUGGUGCUUAAAAAAUACCUUCAAAGUUGGAGCUGUUGCAGGAAAUGAUUGGUUAAUUUGGGAUAUUACUCGAUCCAGUUAUCCUCAAGAUAAGAGACCUGUCCACAUGGAUCAAGCCUGCUUAUUCAGGUGGUCCACAAUUAAUGAGAACUUGUUUGCAACCACUGGUUAUCCUGGCAAAAUUGCAAGCCAGUUUCAAAUUCAUCAUUUAGGACACCCUCAGCCUGUCCUCAUUGGUUCUGUAGCCGUCGGAUCUGGCCUUUCCUGGCAUAGAACUCUCCCACUGUGUGCAAUUGGAGGAGACCACAAGCUGUUGUUUUGGGUGACUGAAAUGUAAAACAAAUUUUCUGUGUACCUUAGAUCCAUAAACUUUGUAUUUUUAAUACAUAUUUUGGAGAAUUUCUUAUUUUUGUAACAAAUACACUGUAAACUCUAGAAGUGUCCCAAUUGUUGUUUCUGUUAAAUAAAAUAUUAAUGGUUUGAAAAGUC